UUAAAGCUGUGAAUGUUUGAAAAAAAAAAUGCUUUUAGUCAGAUAAAACCGUUUGUUUUCCAGAGAGCCUUGAGAAGAUGCUAAUCUCACACGCUGAAGGUCUUCACUCUUCAGUGCCCUUGUGGGCGUGUUUUACCAAACCAGCCCGUUCUUCGAUUGGUCAAGCGAACGCUUGCUCUUCUGUCAUUGGUCCAUUAUGGACACGACGUAGCGGCAGUGCAAAAAAAGAAACUGCGUUCAUUGUGGCUCCACAGUCCUGGGGUAAGUCCGUGCCUGUUUCUCAAGAAUCUCGGAGCCAACAUGGCGGCCGGGCCGAGCCAGUUUCCCUCACCGUUUUAUAUGAAAACAACUGAAAAAGUAGGAGGGUAGCGUAGCAGCAACAACAUCAGCGUCACAUGAUUCAUAAAGCCAAGCUGCCCUGUUCCAAUAUGGUGGUCAGCUUGGCGGUGCUGCGUCUCCCGUUGAUCAUAUCGUUCCUCAGCGGGUUCGUGACCUGCAGCCUUCAAGAGACGCAGGUUUUCGGACUGCGCCUGGAGGACGUUACCGAGCGGGUGUUCAUGCGCGAACGGGUCAUCGUAGCUCCGCACGGGACCACUUUCAAGCUCAGAUUGUUUUGGUCCUACCUGUCCAAUGAGACCUGGCCGUGGGUCGCGUUCGCCGCGGCUGGAGGCGGCUCGGGUGACCCGUGCGCGCUGGAGGAACGCCGCAACUCCUCUGCGUUCCGGUUACGCGGAGCGUUCGCGUCGGAUGACGAGCACAGCGGGAUUAUAGAAGUCCAAACCGAAGCUGCAGCAUCCAAACCGGAGAAUAAAGAUGCAGAGCCUGUGCUCCAUCAUUUCUGCGUCUUAAAGGGCCAGGCGUGGGUCUCUGUCGGGUCGGACAAGUUGGUUAUUAAGAACCCGGAUGUGCCAUCAGAUUACAUUCCAUUAUGGGCUCUGGUUUUGGUGGUUGUGCUUCUGGUUUUGGUUUGCAGUGUGGUCAGAUGCGUGAAUCUGAGUUUGCUGUGGCUGGACCCACUGGAGCUGUAUGUUAUGCACAGCUGCGGUUCAGAGGAUGAAAAGCGGGCGGCCAAGCGCCUCAAGCCCAUCCGGAGGAGAGGAAACGUUCUGGUUUGUUCGCUCUUGUUCAUUUGCGCUUUGGGUCACUCGGUGCUCGGCGUCUUGUUGUACCGUCUCUAUGGGUCCAUCGUGCCCGCUGUGUUCACCAGUGGCUUCCUCAUAUUCCUCCUGGCUGAGUUGGUUCCUCAUAUUGUAUGUUCGGGUUAUGGGUUCCAGAUGGCACCGGGUUUGAUAUGGCUGGCCCAGAUCUGUCUCAUCCUGACGUGUCCACUUUCUUGUCCUCUCGGCCUCCUGCUGGACGUGAUCCUGCACCGGGACGUGAGCACCGUCGGCAUCCGUGAGAAAACCAUGGAAAUGAUUCGGACUAGUGUGAACGAUCCGUAUAAUGAGUUCGUCAAGGUGAGUUCAGUAAAGGGCGCUCUCAGGACCAAAACCGUGGAGGACAUCCUGACCCCGCUGAAAGACUGCUUCAUGCUGCCCUCCACGGCCGUGCUGGACUUCAACACCAUGUCCGAGAUCAUGCAGAGCGGCUACACUCGCGUCCCGGUGUACGAGGAGGAGCGGUCCAACAUCAUCGAAAUCCUGUACGUCAAAGACCUGGCGCUGGUUGACCCGGAGGACCGCACUCCCAUGACCACCAUCACCAAGUUCUACAACCAUCCUCUGCAUUUUGUUUUUAAUGACACCAAGCUGGAUGCAAUGCUGGAGGAAUUCAAAAAAGGAAACUCCCACCUGGCCAUCGUUCAGAAGGUGAAUAAUGAGGGUGAAGGAGAUCCAUUCUACGAGGUUCUGGGUCUGGUCACGCUGGAGGACGUCAUUGAGGAGAUCAUCAAAUCUGAGAUCCUGGACGAGUCUGACGGCUACAUGGACAUGAAGGUGAAGCGUCCGAUGGCCCCGGUGGAGAUUCCCCUGGAGCAGCGCAGCGUUCACGACGAGUUCUCCAUCUUCAAACCUCCAGAGGGCGAACCGAAGAUACGCACCUCUCCUCAACUGUUGCUGGCCACCCAUCGAUUCCUGUCCCGAGAGGUGGAACACUUCAGCCCGCAGCGCGUGUCAGAGAGAGUCCUGUUUCAUCUGCUGCGGCACCCGAGCGUCAACCAAGAAGUGAAGUUUGACCCCGCGAUCCGGCUCAGUCCUGAUCACUACCUGUACACGCGGAACCACCCUGUGGAUUACUUCAUUCUGCUGCUGCAGGGCCGUGUGGAGGUGGAGAUCGGGAAAGAGGGUCUGAAGUUUGAGAAUGGUGCGUUCACAUACUACGGCGUUUCGGCGCUCACAGCUCCCUCCUCAGUCCAUCAGUCUCCGGUGUCCACGCAGCGUCAGUCCCCCAGAGACCCCUUUGAUCUGGGAGACGCCACCAGCCCAUCCAGCUACUGUCCCGACUACACAGUACGAGCCCUCACAGACCUGCAGUUCAUCAAGGUGACCCGUCUGCAGUACCUCAACGCUGUGAUGGCGUCGCGGGUGGCCCAGAGCCCCGAGCCGACUGAAAUCAAGAUCCUGCCCAACAGUCAAACCAAACUCCUGAACGAGAAAAACACUACUCAAGGUGCGAGCAAAAGCCAGGAAUCCAGGCCAGACGAGGGGCUUCACAGCCAGAGAGGAGCGUUUUGAUCUUCUAUCUAGCCUUCCUGCAGAACUCACAAGGAUUUUAUUAUGACAACUAAAUUGUUUAUGUCGUCUUGAAUCUUUUACUCCUGGAAUGCAGCGAUUGAGUCAGAUGGAGGACUGUUGAGGAAAACAAAAGACGUGAUGUUCAAGACGUGUCUUUGUGGUCAGACAGGAUCUGUUCACUCUGUUCUGCUUAUACAGUUGUUCCCUCUGAUGUCACUUCCUCUGCACUCUGUUUAAGUUCACUUACUUCCUUAAGCUGUUUGCAUGUGCAUAUGUGCUACUAAAUUAAAUGGUGUGCCAAGA